AUGGCUCGCCAUUUCGUCCGUUCUUUUGUUAUUGCUGCGGCCCUCAGCCCCUUCGUUAAUGCUGGGCCGUGCCGCCCCUCUUCGAGCUCCGUAGCCGUCAUUACGACCACUGCUGAGACCAGUGUCAAGACUGGCUCUGCUACAACUCACACCGAGGAGUCAAGCUUGACCCAGUCUUUGUCUGGAACUUCCAUUAAGACUAGCCUCACCAUUAGCGAGAGCGAAUCUAACACAGAGUCUUUAUCUGCAACCUCAACCGAGACCACUUUCGCUACCAGCAAGAUUGAAACUGGUUCCACUAGCGUCGAGCAGUCAACCACCACAGGUUCUGCCCUCUCAACUGACUUGACCACUACUGCCAGUGAGAGCGACUCAUCUACUGGCACCACUCUCGACAAUACCACUUCAACUGAGUGCCCUGACCCAGAGCCUCCUGUCUAUGAUGACCCCUUUACUGCCACCAACACCGGGGAGUUUCCCGUAGACACAACUGAAGCGGCUACCACCACUGCAGAUGCUGCCCCCACCAUUAUCCCAAGAAACUUUGUUCGAAGAGGUCAUCCAGAGAUAGUUGUCAGGGAUGUCACCAGCGGAGAGCCCGCUAUGACUACCGAAGAGGCUGCCACCACUACCGAAACUACCGCUACCACUUCUGAAGAUGCCACCACUUCUGGAGAUGCCACCACUACAGGCGAUACAACCUCCACUUCUGAAGACACCACUGCUACUACAGAAGGCGCCACCACCACCACAGAAGAGGCUACCACCACAGCUUCUGAAACCGCCACCGGUUGCAUCAAUAACAUGGAAAAGCCAUCACCUGAAGGCGCUAUCUGUGGUGCAAGAGGGUAUAUUUAUGGCACUACCAACGAUUGGAGAUACCUCGGCCAAGGCUCAUCCUCCUCUCUUCUCGAUUGCUACACAUCUUGCCAGGAGAAGAGUAACUGUGUGACAUUUACAUUCGAGAAGGAUAGUCAAUGCUAUCUCUAUUCGGGUACUAUAACUGAGCUCAGCUCAGACCGAACUACUACUAGGAACUAUGAGACUCGCUGUUUCUGUGACACCGGUAUUGAGCCAGCCCCUACCUGUUCAUACGAUACCUCCAUCGUCAACGGCGGUUUCGACAACGGCAAGUUCUCUCCAUGGCAAGAGGAUCCUAAUCCUGGCGGCAAAGUACCCGUUGCCUUAAGGCCCGUUCAAGGUGGCGAGGGCGGUACGGAUUAUCGGCUCCAGACUGGCCAGUUUGAUUUCGACAAGAGCAUGUGGAUAUAUCAGGAUGUCAAGGCCUGCCCAGGUACCAGGUUCUACUGCAGCUACAGGUGGCGGUGGGAAGAGUAUUACGCGAUUCUUCAAAGGGAUGGCAGUAGCUUGGUUCCAUAUAUUCGCGUUUACCAAGACGACUACAGGAUAGGAAACAGGUACCCCACCGGCCCAGACCAGACAAAGACAUGGAUCAACGCGAAUUUCCAAUUCACUGUACCCGAAAGUGGAGAGACAAGGAUUUGGUUCAUUGCUAGCAGUCCUCAAGGUGAAUGGAUCAACAACAGCGAUGACCCUUGUACACCCGACUGGGUUCACCGACCCAACUCAUUCGCGUUGGACUCGGUAUAUUGCAGCUCGUAA